AAUCCAUGAGUAUACUAAGAAAAAAAGUCAUUGGAACAACGAAAUGUGGCAUUACGCGGUCAAAAUGGUAUGCAUGCUUGAGCUCAUAGGAAAAAAUGGAAUAGCACGUAUCCGGUCGGUUUGCCAAACAGAUGUUGAGUUUUUUAUUCACUUUCUACGAAUGACACGAAUGUAUUAUUUGAGGUCGUAUUACUCACAAGUUAUCUUCACAGCUUCGGAGUCAUUGUCACUCGGAGGUAGAAGGAAUUCCCUGCUGUAUGCACGAGAGAGAAUGAAGUGCACGGGAGAGUAAGAAUGAGAGAAAAAGAGGGAGAGAACGCCAGUUGUGUUGCGUUGGCUUAGUCUCGGUAGGCGCCAAAAGUUCGAAGUAGGGAGAUGGUAUCGUGGCGUACCGAUAGUACGACUGUCGAUUAUGACAGUCGUGCUCGUGCCACCGACUUCAAUCAGCAUCGAUCUUGAGAUAAUCCAUUAAACUGUUUUAUUUCUCAAUCGCCAAUUGAAAGAUGUUGUUUCCAUAAUUUUGUGUUUGAGGCAUAAGAAUCUGCUUUCUAGUUCUCUCCACACUUGAGCCACGUUUUCCAAGUGACAUGAUCAAUAAAGAAACUGUCUGUCGAAAAAACUCGACGUAGAAGUAGUGAAAAAGUGAUCUGGAUCGAACAAUAUUCCAGCAUUAUUGGUUUUGUGCAACUUACUGUCGAUAAGUGAAAUUUAUAUAAAAGGACUCAAAAACAUGGGUAAUUGUUGCUCGUGCUUUUCAAAAUUCAGAGCUAUUUUCCGACCCCACGACAGAGGCUUCGAUCUUAAACCCGUUUGCGACCGGCCAGAAUGCUUACCGAAACCGCCAACGAGUUCUGUCAACGGGGAAGAUUAUGGAAUUCCGGUUCUUACGAUUGUGAGUGUGGAUCCGUGUUUCGAAGAAAAUGGGAUUGCUCAUCGAACUUCGAGAUACGAGAUCAUGAAUCGGAGAGGUGGAAAGUCAAGAUUGGUUAUUCGCCGUGGUCAAGAGUUUUAUUUGAAUCUCACGCUUUCACGUGACUACGAUGCCACGUUCGAUGGUCUUUCAAUUGUUUUUACGCUCGAUGGAAUUAAAAAACCGCAGUACGGACAUGGAACUUUUAUUGUGAUACCACUGCUUAAUCCUGGCGAUGUUUCGGAAGGAUCGUGGCAAGCUACGAUCGAAUCUAUCGAAGCGAAUAUGAUUAGAAUUAAGAUUAAAUCACCAGGCAAUGCUCUGGUGGGAAAAUGGAAGAUCGAGAUCGACAGCAAAAGAAAGAAUUCCGAGGGCGCUGUAAGCUUUGCUGUUGAAGAAGCAUUCUAUAUCAUUUUCAAUCCUUGGUGCAGAGAGGACGUAGUUUAUCUCGAUGGCGAAGAAGGACGCCAGGAGUACGUGAUGACAGAUACAGGAUUAAUUUGGCGUGGAAGUUACAACAGAUUGAGGCCAACAGUUUGGAAAUAUUCGCAAUUCGAACGGGACAUAUUGGAUUGUGCUCUUUACAUGAUGAACGAAGUUGGAAAGACUCGAGCAACUUCCCGGAACGACCCAGUCGUUAUUUGUCGAGUUCUGUCAGCUGCGGUAAAUUCUCCGGACGACAUGGGAGCAGUGAUGGGCAAUUGGUCGAACGACUUCGGUGGUGGUACGCCUCCAACCAAGUGGAUCGGAUCGAUGAAAAUUCUUCAAGAAUAUUACAGAACGAAAAAGCCUGUCAAGUAUGGACAAUGUUGGGUUUUCUCUGGAGUUUUAGCGACGGUUUGUCGAGCUUUGGGAAUUCCGUGUCGCGUCGUUACGAAUUAUUCGAGUGCGCACGAUACACAAAACAGUCUGACGGUCGAUUAUUUCGUUGACGCCGAGGGAAAAAUUAUGGAGGAACUAAACAGCGAUUCUAUCUGGAAUUUUCACGUGUGGAACGAAGUUUGGAUGAAAAGACCUGAUUUAGGGCCCGAAUAUGCGGGUUGGCAAGCGAUUGAUGCAACGCCUCAAGAACUCAGUGAAGAUGCUUAUCGUUGUGGUCCAGCAUCUGUAGUUGCUGUCAAAAAUGGUGAAGUUCUUCGUCCUUAUGACAAUGGUUUCCUCUUUGCUGAGGUUAACGCUGAUAAGGUUUUUUGGCGUUACAACGGACCUACGCAGCCGUUAAAAUUGAUCAGUAAGGACAUGUACGGUAUUGGCCAACUCAUAAGCACGAAAGCUGUGGGAGAGUGGAAAAGAGAAGACAUAACACACUUGUAUAAAUUUCCUGAGAAAUCGGACGAGGAACGGGAAGCUAUGCUAAAGGCGCUCCGUCAGAGCGAGUCUCUCUUCAGCCGUUAUUACUUGAAUGAAGAGUUCAACGAUGUUAUGUUCAACUUUGAAUUGCUCGAUGACAUAGUAAUUGGUGAACCGUUCAGCGUGAUAUUGUUGAUGAAAAAUCGAAGCAGCGAAUUGGAAUACCGAGUUUCGGUGAUUCUGCGAGUUGAGGUGGUGCUUUACACCGGCCGCGUCGGUGAUCCGGUCAAGAGAUCGGAAACGGAACGUUUAGUCAGACCGGGUGACGUUGAAGAGGUGAAACUGGAACUUUCGUGGGAGGAAUAUGGGCCGAGAUUAUUGAAUCAGUGCGCCUUCAACAUCGCUUGCCUCGCGACCGUCAAGGACACCAACUUCGAGUAUUUUGCACAGGAUGACUUUCGAGUUCGAAAGCCUGACAUUAAAAUCAAGAGAGAAGACGAAGCAAUGGUAGGAAAAAAGCUGGAGGCUUCAGCAAGAUUCGCUAAUCCCUUGCCGAUAGCCCUGAGAAAAGGAAAAUUUUUGAUCGAGGGCCCAGGCCUCGAGGAGCAAUUGAAGAUAAAAUUGUCCGAAAGCGUACAGCCCGGCGAAGAAGCAUUCUGCACAUUCUCGAUGACCCCCAGACUGCCCGGGCGAGCUACGAUAGCAGCGAAAUUUUAUUCCAAGGAAUUGGAGGACGUGGACGGUUUCGUGAAUUUUAUGGUCAAGCCUGACGAUCCGACCCUCGAUAACGAGAUCUCUUGAAGGAGAGAAGCGCAUUAGAAUAAAUUUAUACAUGUGCCAUUUUAUCAUUUUUAUCGUCGUUUUAUUACGAAAAAGAGAGACGGAGCUAAAAAAGUUUUAUUGAGCUCAUUAUAGACUGCGAAUUGGACAAUCGGACAUUUAUCGUGCAUCUUCGAAUUACACAUAAACGUAUAUACAUUGUGUUUUCCUCCUUCGUUAUUCAACACAUGUGAUAUGACCAUUAUAUUUACCAAAAGAUAUUUUCGUUUGUCGACCAUUGGAAGAAUGAGAAAUUGGAUAACAGAGAAAGUAUGAUCGAGUAAGAGAACUCAUAUUUAUUUAUUUGUAUCGAAUAAAGAAUAAUAUGCGAAUA